AUGGCAGCAGCUGAUGCAGCCUUGCCCUGGGCGGCGCAGUGCGCGGGCAUGGCCCUGUUCGCCUCCUCCUUCUGCUUGGUGGCGCUGGCCCUGGUGCUCAUGCUCCUCCGCCGCUGGCCGUGGUGCAGCUGCCAUGUCUGCCGGGGGUACCUCACGGGGUCGUGGGCGCGGGACUUCACCAACCUCGGCGACUGGUACGCGCACCUCCUCCGGGAGUCGCCCACCGGCACCGUCCACGUCCACGUGCUGGGCUGCACCGUCACCGCCAACCCGGCCAACGUCGAGUACAUGCUCAAGACCAACUUCGACAACUUCCCCAAGGGCAAGACCUUCGCCGCGCUGCUCGGGGACCUCCUCGGCGGCGGCAUCUUCAACGUCGACGGCCACGCGUGGCGCCACCAGCGCAAGAUGGCCAGCCUGGAGCUCGGCAGCGUCGCCGUGCGCUCCUACGCUUUCGGGAUCAUCGCCCAGGAGGUGGAGGCCCGCCUCAUGCCGCUCCUCGCCGCCGCCGCCGACGCCAGCGCGGUGGUCGACCUGCAGGACGUGUUCCGCCGCUUCGCCUUCGACACCAUCUGCAAGAUCUCCUUCGGCCUCGACCUGGGCUGCCUCGAGCUGGACAUGCCCGUGUCCAAGCUCGCCGACGCGUUCGACACCGCCACGCGCCUCUGCGCCAUGCGCGGCGCCGCGGCGUCGCCGCUGCUCUGGCGGGCCAAGCGCCUGCUCAACGUCGGCUCCGAGAGGGAGCUCAGGGAGGCCAUCAAGCUCGUCGACGAGCUCGCCGCCGCCAUGAUCCGGGAGCGCCGCAAGCUGGGCGUCGCCAACAGCCACGACCUCCUGUCCCGCUUCAUGGCCUCGGCCGGGGCCGGCGACGAGCACCACGACGUCGACGACAAGUACCUCCGCGACAUCGUCGUCAGCUUCCUCCUCGCGGGGCGACACGCCGAGGCCGGCGGCGACGGUGGCGACUCGGAGGCGCCGCUCACCUUCGAGCAGCUCAAGCGCCUGGACUACACCCACGCGGUGCUGUACGAGAACAUGCGCCUGUUCCCGCCGGUGCAGUUCGACUCCAAGUUCUGCGCCGGGCCCGACGUGCUCCCCGACGGCACCUACGUGUCCGGCGGCACGCGCGUGAUGUACCACCCCUACGCCAUGGGCCGGAUGCCGCGCAUCUGGGGCACCAACCACGGCGCGUUCCGCCCGGACCGGUGGCUCACCGGCGAAGGCGGCUCGUUCGUCCCGGAGAGCCUGUACAAGUACCCGGUGUUCCAGGCGGGCCUCCGCGUAUGCCUCGGCAAGGAGCUCGCCGUCACCGAGAUGAAGGCGGUCGCGGUGGCCGUGGUGAGAGCGUUCGACGUCCAGGUCGUCGGGGACAGUGGCAGCGCUGCCUGCGCGCCAAAGUUCGUGUCGGGGCUCACCGCGUCCAUCAGCGGCGGCCUCCCAGUGAGGAUUAGUAGAAGAGUUCCAAGCUAG